AAGCAGAAAUUUCAAACUCCAUGUCAUAACAUCUUAGCGUGUUGGCUACAUUGUGUAAGUGUGUCACAUGAGCGUACCCAUAAAUGCCAAAAGUCUUGGAAAUGUAUGUUAUUAUCUUGCAAAUCAAGUAUUUUAAAAUAUAUAUAUAUAAAUGAAAGGUUUUCAUAAGAUAUGUUAUGUCCCAUGCAUUUUGUUGUUAUAAUUAAUGUAUGUUUCCAUAUUUCUUAUAAGGGGAAGUUUUAACUUCCCGUUUGCUAGUAAAUCUGAAUUAUGGUGUCAUGAAAAUAUGCAUGUCUAAAAAGGGUGUCACCAACAUGAAAUGUUUGGAAAGCUCUGCAUUAAAGGUUUAUGGUGAAAUUUUUGGCUCAGAACUUUUCCCCCAGUCCAAAUAAGCAAUUUUGAGCAAUUGCUUCCAUUUUCUGGAGAGGAUAGUCUACCAGUAGUUACAUUCAACUACUGGUUGAAUGUGUGGCUAGACUGCUGAGGAGUUGUGCACAAAUUUUAAGGGACCACAGGAAAAGAGAACCUCCAACCACUACUAUCUUACUAUUUGUGAGAUUUGUGAGAAAGUGAGAUUUGUGCCGGCAACAGUUUUUCUCCACUGCCAUUCGUGUACUUUGAGUAGCAAUCUUGAGUGGAGAUGGAGGAUAGAUUACUCUUUUAAUUUCUAGGGCCCAUUUACAUUGUAGAAAUUUUAUUAUUACCUGCCUCUCCUUGUGGCUUGAGGCAGGUCACAAAAUAGCUAAAACACAUCAUCGUAAACAUUAUAUAAAAUACACAUAUUAAAAUGGAUUUCUAUGAAAUACAUAUAUUAAAAUACACAAAGAUUAAGACAGAAACACAAGGCAUGGGUUUAAAAUUGAUUGUUUGACACCACUUUAACUGCCAUGUUUUGAUUGUACAGAAUCAUGGCAGUUGUAAUUUUACAAGAUCUUUAGCAUCUGCCAUAUAGAGUUGGUGCCUCACCAAAGCUCAGCUCACAUUAUGCCGUAGCAGUUAGCUAGUUUUAUACUAAAUUAAUUCUACAGUGUAUUUUAUAUAAUGUUUAUGAUGAUGAUGGGAGAAGAAAAUUCUGAUCUUGUAGGAUCAGAUGGAGUUUGAAGUUGUAUGAGACCCUACUUUCCAAGAUGUAAUCCAAUCCAUCAACUGGAGCAACCCAACACAAUUCUCCACUCCUGCCAUAAUGGAUGAAAUGACAUUCCCCUUUUGAGAAGCGUGUUCCUGUUUAAUGGCUUUGCCUAUUAUGUAUGCUGUAGCACUUGAUCUUCGGAUUUUUGCUAAUAGCGCUGACCAACAGCUAGCAAAGAAAGGCAAAGGCAAAAUUGGGGACAUGUUGGAAAAAGCAGCAGAACUCCUGAUGAGCUGUUUUCGUGUAUGUGCCAGUGACACCCGAGCUGGCAUUGAGGAUUCCAAAAAGUGGGGCAUGUUGUUCUUGGUGAAUCAACUUUUUAAAAUUUAUUUUAAGAUCAACAAACUUCACCUCUGCAAACCACUGAUAAGAGCAAUUGAUAGCUCAAACCUUAAAGAUGAAUACAGCAUGGCACAGAGAGUUACCUAUAGAUAUUAUGUUGGACGGAAAGCCAUGUUUGAUAGUGAUUUUAAACAAGCUGAAGAGUAUCUAUCUUUUGCCUUUGAGCACUGCCACCGCUCCAGCCAGAAAAAUAAAAGGAUGAUCCUGAUUUAUUUGCUACCAGUAAAAAUGUUACUGGGCCACAUGCCAAUGAUCCAACUUUUAAAAAAAUAUGACCUUAUGCAGUUUGCAGAAGUCACAAAGGCUGUGAGUGAAGGGAACCUUCUUCUGUUGAAUGAUGCUCUGGCAAAACAUGAGACCUUCUUUAUUCGUUGUGGGAUCUUCCUUAUCCUUGAGAAGUUGAAAAUAAUCACCUACAGGAAUCUCUUCAAGAAAGUAUAUUUGUUACUCAAAACUCACCAGCUAUCUCUAGAUGCCUUUCUAGUGGCCCUGAAAUUCAUGAAAGUUGAUGAUGUUGAUAUUGAUGAAGUCCAGUGUAUUCUAGCCAACCUCAUAUAUAUGGGUCACAUUAAAGGCUAUAUUUCCCAUCAGCAUCAGAAACUUGUUGUCAGCAAGCAAAACCCAUUCCCACCACUUUCUACUGUCUGUUGAAUCUUUAGUGACAAUAAUGGAGAUGUACUGUACUACUAGUUAAUAUGGGAUACUUUUGGAACAUAUCUCUUUACAAAAGAAUCAAAUAAUUAAUCUGAAUGCAGAGGUGUCAUCACAAGGAGUUUUUUGAGAGACUGUAUACAGAUCCUUUGUGAUACACUUCUCAGAAGACGUAUGGAGGAGUGGAAGUCAUCUCACAUACCAUUCUGCAUUCUCCCAGGAAAGGAGCUUCCUCUAUUAGAGGUAUUCUGUGGAUAUAAGGAACCUUGUCAUUGAUGGAAUAUAGAUUGUAGAUCCAACUUCAUAACUCCUUGCAGAAAGCUCCUUUUAAAAAAAAGAAAGAAAAAGAAAACACAUUUUAAGAAGUUGCACUUUCUGCUGAUAUUCUUCUGUCGGGUUCUGUCCAUAAAUGUAACUGUCACAAUUAUAAUUUACGUCUAUGUUUUUUCAUCCUGAUACAAGAUAAUUUUGGUAUAUGUGUUGAAAAGAAAAAAAUUUGUGAGGAAUAGAAACUGUUUAUUUCAACAAAACCUAUUUUAUGAACAUGUUUAAACUUAUCUUUUAAAAAAAUAUUAAAAAGGCAGAAAAUA